AUGCAGCUGGCCGAAUAUUUGGAAAUUAUACCACGUAUGACCAAUACGGAUUGUGUGCUACUGGGUAGAUGUAUUAGAAUCACAGGCGAAGAAAGCUGUGUCGAUAAUGCGAUUGACAAGUUUAGAGUAAUCCAAAAUUCCCAUGUAAGUUUUACCACAAGCGUCGAUUAUGCAAUGUGCAUUCAUUACCCAAAACACUCUGGACAUUAUGGCCUUUGUUUUUGUGACCUAAACAGAUAUAAACAGAAAGAAUUUGUGAUUGAUCAGCUGGAUCCGCAUCAGGUCUUAGAGGACAUUUAUGUAAUGUUACCUGUAUUUAUUGACCCUCUUACUAACGAAUACGCCAGGCCCAAAGAUUUGAUUCAAAUCAAGGCACCAGCCCAAAAAAAAUACCAGCAAAUGGCUGAGGAGGAAUACAGGGAAAGAGAUAAACUUAAAAGAAAAGAAAUAAACGACGCAUUUGCGAUGUUGAAUGUCAAACCUGAGCCACUUUCUGUCUACGAAUAUGAAGUUCAAAAACUUCCCGAGAAUACGGAAGAAAAUUUUCCUAGUUUGUCCCCCAGUCCAGUUUCUCGCAGUCCAACCCCCAUAAAUGGACGACGACCCAAAGGGUUGUUUAAACCAACACUAGGGAAUGAGGAACCCAAAAAAAAUCGAGUGAUACGUAUUGUACCACAAAAAUCGUAUAGAUCGCGAAGUCCGACACCAUCAUUGAGUCUUGUUGAGAGGGUGAAGGAGUAUAAUUAUCAUAACAUAAAAAAUGUGCUGGAGAAAGGGUUAGAUUCCAUCAGAGGAUUUAAAGGGGAAAUAAGAUUAUCAGCCAAAAUAGGAAAGGUUUUUUGGACAGAUGUACCUGCGGAAAUAAAAGGACAAAUUUGGAGAUACGAGGAUAUCAAUGAUAUUCUGAUCAAGGAACAUAAUUUGAAACCGCAAUUCACCCGAGCUACAGCAAGGGAUCAAUUUAUUCUGGAAUGUAUGACAUCUGAAAAUAUAUUGCCCUCGCCAGCUUACAACAAAACCUCAACCUAUGAGUUCCACUGCUUGGCACGUAACCAACCCAUAGUACCGUUUAGACCAGUGGUAAUUCACAUGAACGAAGGGGUUAUAAAUGUCAAGAAGGUCGUGUUACGAGAAAAAGUUGUAUCCAAGGUUGACUGGGUAUCGCUCGAUAGAAAAUACGACUUCGAGUUGUCACUUUCCACCAAGGUUUUAGCUAGAACCGAUGUGAAGCCAUACUCCACGUUUAUAAAACGUGUUUCUAUCUGCCCGAUCACUUGUUUAAUGACUUUUGAAAACGUACCUAAGUUUUUGAGUGUGGAAUUUUUGCUAUUAAAAGUGACAGCGAGAUUUAGAAUUGAUCAUCCUUUUAUCAUUGAAAUCACUCGUGUUGAAAAAGUACCUAUCAAGCCUGUAGCCGGUACGGUAAAAAUUGAUGCUUAUCCUGGUGAGGGCGAGUUUUGGUAUGACUUUGAGAUUAGAAAUACAGAAACCGAUGUUAGUUUUGAAAAAAACAAAGACCUGGAGAUAGGAGAUGAGGCUCCAUGGACUGCUAAAGAUAUUUUAGAUCUAGCAGAUGGCGACCAUGCAAAAGCUGAUAAUAUCACCAAACAUGUUCAAAAUAUUUUAAAUGUCAUUGAAAAAAUUGAACGCGAGAUACGUGGAACAUAA